AUGACGUUCCUCAUUCUCGUGAUUGGGGACCUGCACAUCCCGGACAGGGCGCUGGACAUUCCCGCCAAGUUCAAGAAGCUGCUCGCGCCGGGUAAGAUUGGCCAGACGCUGUGUCUCGGCAACCUCACCGACAAGCACACCUACGAGUACCUCCGCUCCCUGUCACCGGACCUCAAGAUCGUCAAGGGCCGCACCGAUGUCGAAGCCACGUCUCUUCCCCUGACGCAGGUCGUCACCCACGGCGGCAUCCGCAUCGGCUUCCUCGAGGGCUUCACUCUUGUUUCCAACGAGCCCGACCUGUUGCUUGCCGAGGCGAACCGGCUGGACGUCGACGUCCUGUGCUGGGGCGGCACCCACCGUUUCGAUGCGUUCGAGUACAUGGACAAGUUCUUUGUCAACCCGGGAAGCGCCACGGGAGCGUUUCUGCCGGGGGCGAGCUUGAAUGCGGAGGCUCCGACGCCGAGCUUCUGUUUGAUGGAUGUCCAAGGCAUCUCAUUGACGCUCUAUGUUUACCAAUUGAGGACGGAUGAGAAAGGCAACGAAAAUGUGGCAGUAGAGAAGGUUACUUAUACAAAGCCCGUGGAGCCAACGACGGGCUCAUCAUGACAUACAUGAAUGGAGUAGACAGAGGACCGCGCAGCCUUGACAGAAGUCAUUGCGUUUAGCAACGGCAGAGUCGGAACGAAGCCACCACGCUCGCCGACCUAAUCACACGAAAGACUGUAGCGCUUGUCGGUGUACAGGCACACAGUUUCCAAGAGAUGGGGACAAGUCGAGAGGAAAGCUCUCAACUUAGCGCGGUGUAAGAAAUCUCCCUCUCAGCUGGACAGGGACUUGUUACAAGAUAGUCAAGGCAAAAGAGGGCCAUAACGAUAAAUUCAAUAUCAUUCAAAAAUCG